UACCGAAUAAAUUGUCACAUUUCCAUCUUCUUAGAACAAAUUGUUAACUCACAACACAUACAAUUUACCCUAGUGAAAUUCGGAAAAAAAAAACUAAUACCUAAAGUUACUAUCACAAGUGAGGUAACUCCUGCUACGACAACGACGGAAUUACUGAUCUCUAGAAAAUGGAACCAGAUGAGAAAAUUAAUAUGGCGACUGACUUCCUUUACUACUACGUCACACUCUAAAAAAGCCCGCCCAAUUUCAAUUUCAAAAUAUUUUAUUAACAUUUCAAUUCGCAAUUAUAGCUUAACUUACUAACAAUUGUCGAGGCACGCGAUAAACAAUCAAGGUGACUUGUAAAUCUUUUCAGCUGAUUAAUGAUAAAACUUUUAUUUUAAUGUAAAAAGGAAGCCUAAAAUGGAGGUAGAGCAAUUGCCUAGAUGUUUAGAUUUAUAUGCUUCUUCUGGUUUCACAUUAAACCAAGAAAAGUGCAAUUUGUUGAUGAAUUCUUUAGUUGUGCUUCAAAAUGAGAAUCAUUUCAAGAAGGUUUUCUUCUGGGGUCAAAUAUAUGGUAUCCAAGAUGACUACUACAUAGCUUUCGGAUAUGACAAAGAUGCUUUAAGAAGUAGAGUGUUUUAUUACAGCCGAAAUGCGAUAACUUGGGUACUCGUACCGAUACUCAAACCAAAAGAAAGAAAACACUAUCUGACACAUAUUUCUACAAAUAGAUUUUUUGGCAAUCCUUCUACAGUAGUCGAAGUUUUGGAUGAGAAGCCUUCUGAAGAACCGGCUCGUUCACAGAAAGCAUAUGAAAAAUUGAAUGAUGAACUACUGGAUGAACAAGAACAGGAAGAAAUUCUUGAAGAGCAAAAAAUAGAUUCACUAAGAGCAAUGGAGAUCGUUGAAGAAUACAAAUUGAAAGAAGAAGACAGACUGGCAGCAGUAAUAAGAUUCAUAAAUCAGGAAGCUUUUGUCGUACCGCGAGGCGCAUUGCUUAAACAAACCUCAGGGCGUGUUGUUCCUAAUCCAGCCUUUAAAGGUCUUAGACUCGAAGAAGCAACAAUCCUCUCGAACUAUAUGCACUGCCGAAUUCCAAGAGAAAGAUGGGAAGUUAAUGUCGGAAGAAGACCUGAUUACAAUUAUGCCACUGACUUCUUGGACACAGUAGCUGAAGAUAUUCCUAAAAACCAUGCUUGGAGUGUACAAGUUUGUCAAGGAAAUCGUGUUGUUAUAUUGCGUAGUUUAUACUGGCAUGGGCUCACAUUUUACCACUUACUCAAUACCAAAAUACAUGGAUGUCUUUAUAUGGGCUUUGGAGAAAAAAAUCUUGAUAUACCAUUCAUGGUAUAAAACCUUUUAUUAAAAAAAUAAAUAAAUAAAUAAUAAUUAAAUAAAACAAACUAAAAUCGAGUUCGAAAAAUUAUUUAUUGAUAAAUAUAUUUAUAACAUUAAGAAGUUUUAAAAUUUAAACUUGAUUCUUGCAGUGACACAUAGCUCUAAAGGCUAGAAGGCAAUUGUGUAUUGAACAAAUAAAAAAAAAAUGUUUGAAAAAUUAUUUAUUGUAAAUACACUUAUAACAUUAAGAAAGUUAUUAAUUUUAAUUUGAUUUUUGCAGUGAAACCUAGAGAGGCAGGUUUCAUAUUAAAAAAAAAAAAUUAUAUUAAUAAAAAAGAAAAACUUUUAACGUCAGACAGAAGAUUUAACAAAUAAAAAUCUCAGAGAUAUUGCAUUCCACAAAAGUUGCACAACGUACAAUAUUAUAAAAAGUACAACUUAAUUUAGUGGCAUGUGUAGGGAGGUGUUCCAACUUUUUGACGUUUCCUGGCUUGCAUAUCGGUGAAAAAUUCAUCGAUGUCCUCCUUUUUUACUACUCUUUUCUGACGGACAAAUUUUAUGAGGAAGUCACUUAAAUUACUUUUCAAGUCAUUGUAAU